UCUUUUGGCCCUCUUGGCAAAGACAACAGACAACAGUCCGUGUUUGUCUAGUCUUUGAAGAAAAAGGUUUGUUUGCAGCUCUUGUUGUUAUUGCGGCAAAGACAACUUCGAUAAGAUAUAAAAAAUAAAAACAUUAUAGAGUGCAAAUUGUUCCAAUAUUACAUGCAGACACACAUUGCUGCGUACAUAACGUACAAAGGCCCAUAGGUACAUAGGUACCAGUUUUGUAUCUUAUCGCCAAGAAAUUUGACCAAUUGAUAAGUUUCAGUGAAUGAGAAUUGAGCUGGUGCGAGCAGAUACUUUAGUUAGUCAUUGGCAUUCUCAACCACAGCCACGAAAUUGUCCCAACCACGACAAACGUCCAACGCCAGCACUUAAUAUAUCAGCAACGAGAUCGGGUACCGCCUUUAUCGAUGACUGGAUAUACACACGUUAAUGAAAAACCACGUUACUCGCUCGCCCUGGGGGCAAGACGUAGAGCACAAUAUCUUUAGCCCAGUCAAAGCGAACGCAACGCGCAACGAGGGACACCACCAGAACAGUGAAUAAUAGCGCAGAUAAAUUAGUAAAUAAAUAAGAAAAUAAAUAAAAUAAAUGCAUGAUUUAAGUGGCAGUUUGUGAGCAGUGAGCAAGCAAGCGAGUGAGUGAGUGAGUGAUCCAGCCAGCCAGCCAAUAUUGGAUAACGCUUUCCUCGCUCGGUGUGAAAACAAAGACCUAUCGCUAGUUUCAAUCCAUCCAUCCACCCAACUAUCCAACCAUCAAUCGAAGCAAGACAGUUUCUUUGUGCUGUUUGAAGCAGUGUCCCACAAGCGGGCAGGAAUAUCAACAGCCACUAAGUAAAUGAGCAAGGGAGUGAGUGAGUGAGUGAAUGUUUAUGUCAAAAGAUAAAUAAAGUGGAUAUCAGUGAUUAGUGUUUCAAGAAAUAAAAUAUUCCACGAGCAUAAAAGCCAGCAAUAAUUAUGUUAAAUAUUUACAUUUGUUUGGCAACAACUCAAACUCCAACUACAACAACCACCACAAAACAAUUACAACUAAAAUCCCUAUAAGCUGAGCAAAGUCUUUUGCACCUCUAGGAUCCAUAAUUUCAAGACAAACAGACAAAAGCAAUAUAUACCCAUCCAUCAGCAGCCAUUGAACCUUUUAACAUGGAUCUAGAAUCCGAUGAUUUCGAGCCCUGGGAAGAUUUCUUUGGCAUUUCUACAGAUUUCGCGCCUUCGCUUUUGGGCAUUUACGAUAGAUUGACCACAUCGCUGGAUGGAGGUGUUAUAAAACAUUCAACACCCAUCAAAAGCAGUAUACCAAACUCAGACUGUGAUAACCAACUUGUAAGCAAGACACCCAAAUCUGAAGUCACCGCCCAGCCCCACACGGAAUCGUAUUUAAGUAAACUACAGAGUUACGCCAAACGGGCUGAGCCCAAGGCAACUCUGGUAGAGGGCGAUAAUUUGUCACAAGCUUCGCAUACCCACUCUAACAGUGGUGGCAGUAGCAGCAAUAGUAGCUUAAGAGGGUCUCUAGAAUCGGUGGCAUCAUCGAACGGUACGCUUAGCAAGCAUCGCACCAACAUUCGAAUUUUAUCUGCAAAUGUACAACGCAUUAUAACACAUUCCGAUGCAGAGGCUGUCGAUGCGGUGGACAUAGAGGCUCUUCAGAGCACUACUAGAACAACAGAUGUGAAUGGUCCUCACCAAAGAUUAUACAAAAAAACAUCAACGCCCCACCCAAAUUCACACCACAAAUUAAAAUUUUCCCAUUUGCCUUUGUCAAAGACCACCGGGAAAUUGACACAAACAGGCACCGAGUUGGUGGAAACAUUUAAUGUUGCCCUUAAAGAUGAGGCAAGUCCUGCCCGCAGAAAUGAAUUGAAAACGAAUGGUCUGGGGAAGCCUGCAACGCCAGUCGUUUGUCCCAUAUCUGGAGUGGAUGAUGACAGAACUCCCACGAAUGCCUCACCAUUCAGUUUCGAAACCAAUGCCAGUGAGAGAGGCCAUGGCUCUCGCCUGCUAAGCCUGCCCCAAAACAACUACCUUCAAGACUGUUUGGCAAAUGAAGAAUCGACUUUGGAUGAGAUAGUCUCCAAUAUGUCGCUGGAAUAUAUGACAGCAAAGGAGGAAACCGCCGAGGCUAUCAAUGCAACAGUUAUAGCUGAGAACCAAAAAAAUCUCAAUCUCGAUACAACCUUUGAGGACGUCUCAAAGGACUUGCCGGACAGACAGUUUGUGGAUGCCAUAAAUGCUCCAUUGAUCUCAAAAUAUGCCACCCGCACAGCAACAACCAGGCCUUUGACUUAUGCGCGUUCCAAAAGUUUGGCGGCCCGCGACUUUGCCCAGAAAAAUAUUGAAGUUAAGAAAACAGCGGCCACCUAUUCGCGAUCUAUGCUGCUACCCGAUUUGGAGAGUGAAGAGAAUCAAUUUUCAGCCGAGAGCUUGGACCGCCUAACCGAUAUCAAGUCCAAAUUCUCUCCCAAAGAGUCAAGAAAGAUCUCCAGCCUAGUGUCACCGGAUAUAGCCAAGCUUAAACAUCGUCCCUUGUCUUCCUCAUCAAUAUGCUCGACUUCAUCUAGCUCCAGCUCCAGUUCGGGUGCCGAGCACAUGAACGGAAAACUGCAAACAUCUUACCUGGCAAGUGUGGAGAGUUUGGCUGAUCACAGUGAGAACGAGUUGGCGGACACACAUUCCGGCAUGACGGUGUUUGAGAGAUCCUGUAUGGAAAUAGUGGACUCGGAGAAGAACUAUGUCAACGAUUUAGGAGAAGUUAUAAAUGGAUAUCUCUUGGAUUGGAAGGAGCGUGCUUGCCUGCGCCAAGAUGACCUGGAUGUUUUGUUUUCAAAUAUUGAGGAUGUCUAUCACUUCAAUAAGUUUCUGCUCAAACAGCUAUCGGAAGCCAUCUUAAAUCCGGUGAAAAUUGCAAAAUGUUUCAUAGAUCUGAGAGAAGGCUUUGAUGUUUACACAACCUACUGCACCAGUUAUCCCGAAGCCAUAUCCCUGCUUACCAAACUUCUUCAGGCCACCCAUACCAAUGCCUUGUUGGCCUCCACCCAAAGAAUGCUGCACCACACCCUGCCACUGGGCUCGUAUUUGCUGAAGCCAGUUCAAAGGAUUCUGAAGUAUCACCUGCUGCUGGAUAAUUUAAGAAAGCAUUGCGAUAUCAAGGAAGUCAUGCAGGCCUAUGAAAUUAUGCGUCAGGUGGCCCGCAACAUAGAUCAGGUCAAAAGGAAGUUGGAACAGCAAACCAGAGUGAAGGAACUUUCCGGCAUUCUGGAUGGCUGGCUGGGACCAGAGCUCACUGUCCUUGGGGAGUUGUGUCUGGAGGGUGUACUAAUGGAGAACAACAAGCCACGCAAAGUUUUGCUUUUCGCCACCAUGCUGAUAAUAGCCAAAGCCAAAGAGGACAGUCGUUUGCAAUUCAAAAGUUACAUUCACCAAAACAAUCUCAUGCUGAACGAACACUUGGCUGGCGAACCCACAAGCUUUUAUGUAAUACCAUACGAUGAACCUCGCAGCCAAAUCAAGUUAACAGCCAAAAAUCGUGACCAGAAACGCCUGUGGACACAACACAUUAAAAGUGUCAUACUCGAAAAGUUCGAUAACAUUCCAUUACGCGCCAAGGAGCUGGUCUACCAAUUGGGCGAUGAAGAAGAUCGCUCCACGGAUAAGAGUCACAGGCGAUGGGGUUUGAACACCACUUCCACGCCCACCUAUUUGGAACGGCGCAACCAAUUUCGGCGCAGCGAAAUGCGUAAUCGCUCCAAGGGCAAAAGGAAGACCAUUACGAGUGCGGCAUCCAUUGAGGUAUUCAACGAGACGGCCAAUAAGGAGCCCCACAACUUCUUGAAGUCAAUUUCCAAAAGUGCCGAAAGCAUAAACGAACAGGCCAAUUUUGAAAUAGAAGGCGUGGAGGACAUGGUGCGACUGCGCGAUGAAAAAUGUGAUAAUGAGAAUUGUCUCAAGGCACACAACUGUACAUGCCCCAAGACCAAUGGCAAGGAGGAGGACAUCAGAUCAAUGUCAGUCAGACAAAUAACUAAAUCGUUCCGUUUCGGUGGCAGCGGAAAACCACUGAAGGAGCGCAGUAAGUCGGUGCCGCGCAUAAGCAUGCAAGUGGGUAACUUGGACAAAAUUACCCAGGAUCCAACCAAAGAGAAUUCUUCUAAAUGUGCCAGCGCAGAGAGCGAGGUGACAAAUUUCAAAACCUUGCCCAAACGCAUGUCGUCCACCUUAAAGAAACAAAAGUCCAAGACUAAAGAAACCUCCACCUUCUACAUGGCCCUUAGUGAGUUCGAAGAUGCGAGCACCACGGUUUUAAAAAUCACCGAAUCUUCAGAGAAUAUCUUAGGCCCCAUCAAGCCUGAGGACGUUCAGAACACUGAGGAUAUGCAACAACAAUCAAAGCAGUUGCCCGAUGUGAUACAAAAGGUUGAGGAUAAAAAUGCGACUGAAAAAGAGAGACCCCAUACUCUGGCCAUAACCGCCUCCGAAAAGGCCAAACAGGAUGCCCAAAUUGUUUUGGACCUACUCAAGAAUAGUAAGGAGUUCGACAAACUUUGUUCCAAAUUGCAAAAGAAACGCUCAUUCGAUAAAAAUAUGGGUUCUCCGAAAAUUGGAGAUCCUAAAUGGACCAAAGAGGGAAUGCUGGAAAUGCCACCUAGACCACCCUCAAGGUCUCCACCGCCUUUGGAAACCGAUAUGGAGGGUGAGGAGCUUAAACCCCCCAAUGAUCAUCCUCUGGAGGAGCCUAUUUAUGAGACUCUCUUGAGAAAUGUUCAUGUGCCCUACAAAUUCUCGCCCGUAUUGGCGAGAUCAAAGUCUGUGCAAUACAACAACAACAAUGCUAACCUAACCAAGGAAUCGCCAAAAAAGUCUCCACCGCCCAGACCAGAAUCGGACUAUGUUACCUUGGUCUACAAUGCAGAGGGAGUUUUAAAACACAUUGAUGACGUAGAGGUGUCACAGCCAUUGCCCAAGGAAAAUGAUGCCACUUCUCCAUCAUCCUCCUCCUCGUCUACAGUAACGUUGAAAAGGGAAAGUAUCGAUUCGAAAAGUCCCCCCGAAAAUAAUCUGUCCCCGGAUAUACCUCAGCUAAUGAGCGCCAGUUUCCAUGGCACUUCCGACUUCAAUCAAGCCAGGUCACACACACCAAAAAGUAUUCUCAAGCGGCUUUGGAGCCAUUCCACGUUGACCGUGCAAGAGUCAUCCUCGCCAUCUUCAGCAGCUUUGUGCCGUUCGGUCAGUAGCCUGGAGAGGCGUGGCUCCUCCGAAUUCGAAAAAGAGAGGCAUUCCGUCUUGCAUUUGCAAGGCAGUGAGACCAUAGGUGAACGCAUGGCGCAUGUCGAUUAUGCAGAUCCCAGAACCCUCUUCGCUGUCUGCAAAUUUGAUCAGGCCAAACAGCUGCAGCGGGACUCUGUCUUUUCGUUGACCUCCUCCAAUGAUAGUGUUUGUGAUACAAAACCUUCAAAUCUCAAUUCGUCCCAUAUCAAAGACAACUUCGCCUACGAAGACUGUGUGGAGGCUUGCCUCGAGAACGACUUUAGAGAUUCCGCAGUGUACAGUGAUGACAAUGCGGGGAGGAAUGAUAAAAAUCUAACGCUUAAUCUAAGGAUGUCCCAAAAUCCUCCUCUAUUGCCAAAACCGGCGAAAGUUCCUCCAUCUCCAUUGGACAAAAUGCCACUGAAGCGUACAACAUCGUCAAACAGGGAACCGGCAACGCCAUUGCCUUUACCCCCGGUCAACUUUCGUACACCCGGUGUUAUAAUGUGUCCCCCGGACUUGAGUCCUUCGAGUACCCGCAGUUGGGUGCUAAAACAAAUUGAUAAUUUUAGCAAAUAAGUUUAGAAAACACUCAUAGAGUAGCGUUGCCAUAUUAAACAAAAAAAAAAAGAAAUAGUUCUCCAACAACAAUUUCUUUGUUCAUGCAUUUCGAGCAUUGAACAGAAAAAUUCAUCAUCCAAAGACUAGGGCUUUGACCAAAUAGCAAAUGCCUUUAGAUUAGACAUAGACCAGUUAUAUUAUUGUAUUCUGCAUAGCAUAUUUUUGGGCGCAUCAAUAGUGACUACCCACAAUCGCAUUUUGCGCCCAAGGCGUAUGCAUGUAUGUAUAUUGCUAUGUAAGUAUGUUUGUUUUUAGUAUUAUAUAUUUGUAGUGAGUUGCAUUAUUAUUAUAAUUAUUAUUACAAAGGAUAAUAAUUUAAUAUACAAAUUAAUUUAUUUUACAUUCACAAUAGAUGAAUGUAAUUUUAACAAUUGUUUUUAUUGUAAACUUUAGCCAAUUUUGUAAAG